GAAACAGCCGGCACCGCUGGUUGCGUCCGGCUGGCGUCCGGUCCUCGGUGUGGGUGUUCGGCGCCGCGUUUUUCGUGGUUGGACACUUAAAGAAGAUUGUUUGAAGACUGCUUUUGGAAUCAAAUAGCAUGGAUCCCAGCAGCGACUACCAUUUCCUCAAUCAGAUUUUGUGGAGAAGGGUGAAACUCACAUUGGUUUGUGGCAUCUUUGAGGGAGUACUCCAGCAUGUGGACCCUAACAAGAUUGUUGUCCUGAAGAAAGUGAAGAAUGUGGAGACUGGUCGAAGUGUUCCAGGAGUGAAGAUGUUUUUUGGGCACGAGAUUGUGAACGUGGAACUGCUGGAUGAAGUGGAACAAGGUGCAGAGAGAGAAAAGGCAUCUUCUGUUAGUCUAAAUACAGAAAGAACAAAGAUGGAUAAAAUGAAAGGUGAAGAUCUAAACAUAUGUGAGCCUUCUUCUCCUGUCCCUGAGUCACCAACCACCUCUCUGCUGAAUCACCUCAAGUAUAGCCCAUCAGAAGAAGAGGAGGUGACAUACACAGUCAUUGAUCAGUUCCAGCAGAAGUUUGGUGCUGCAAUGCUUCACAUCAAGAAGCAGAGUGUCCUAAGUGUGGCAACAGAAGGUGCUAAUGUGUGUCGUCAUGGGAAGCUGUGUUGGCUUCAGGUAGCCACAAAUAGCCGAGUUUACUUAUUUGACAUUUUCCUUCUGGGAAGUCGUGCUUUCAACAAUGGACUUCAGAUGGUAUUAGAAGACAAGAGAAUUUUGAAGGUUAUCCAUGAUUGUCGUUGGCUUUCUGAUUGCCUCUCUCAUCAGUAUGGAAUUUUGCUGAAUAAUGUCUUUGACACACAGGUGUUACCUGUAUUCUUUGGCUUGUGGCUCCUGCCAUCUUCAGAGUGCACCACUGCAACUUCUGCUUCUAUCAGCCGAUCUCCUUUUCCCGUAGCAGAUGUCCUUCAGUUUUCCAUGGAAACAGGUGGCUUUCUUCCAAAUUGCAUCAGUUCUUUACAGGAGAGUUUAAUCAGACACCUUAAAGUAGCCCCUAAAUAUCUCUCCUUUCUGGAAGAGAGACAAAAAUUAAUUCAGGAAAAUCCAGAAGUGUGGUUCACACGACCUCUUUCACCAUCUUUACUGAAAAUUUUGGCCCUAGAGGCUACCUACCUACUACCCCUUCGUUUGGUACUCCUGGAUGAGAUGAUGUCUGACCUAACCACCCUUGUGGAUGGUUAUCUAAACACCUAUCGAGAAGGGUCCGCAGAUCGCCUGGGAGGCACCGAGCCUACACGUAUGGAGCUUCCAGAAGAGCUUCUUCAACUCAAGGAUUUCCAGAAGCAGCGCAGAGAGAGAGCUGCAAAAGAAUAUAGGGUGAAUGCACAGGGACUCCUAAUAAGGACAAGGGUACAUCCAAAGAAAUCAGUGCCAGAGACAGCAGGGAAAGAGGGAAAAGUAGGGUUUUCCUUACUUUGUAAAAAUUCUGUACUAGAUGAAACUCAUCAUGUAAAUUUGCUGAAAGAAGAAUCUAAGAAUAAACAAACUUCAACAGAACCUCAACAUGUACCUCCCAUGAAAGAAGAAACCAACGAGGAUUCUAUCAAUAAACUCAUUUGCCCUGAGUCAGAGAGGCUAGAGGACCAGAGAAUAGCUCAAAAAGAACACAGUAAGACACCCAAACAGGAGUUUCAGACAAGUUCAUCUUUGAAAGAGGAGAUAGAACAGUUACUGGUGGUGCAAAACCAGGAAGAUCUAAAAUGCACAAAACAAGAUAUUUCAGUGUCUCCUUCCCUUCCUCAGGAAACCAGAGUCUCUCCAAGUGACACCUUUCAUCCUUUUAGAAAAGCCGUGUUUCCUACGUUUCCUCCCUGUCCAGCCUUGGAGAAAACUGAUUCUUGGCUAAAUCCCUCUCCAAAUCUGUCUUAGAAAUGUGCAAUUUGUUUUUGAGACUGUGAAGGUGGCUCACUUCUACCAGCCGUACCUUCCUCAGAGCUUAAGUCUGUCAUGUUGGAAAUUUAGUUUUGCCUCAGUUACGAAGGAACGCCUUAGGGAAAAUAAUAUUCUGUUGCUUACUUCUACAUGCCUGGAAUUUGAUUAGGAUGGGAAUGAAUAAGUUAAAUAAUGGAAGAAGUAAAUUUUUUUAUUAUGUCACUGUGUGGAAAUAUUCCCAGUGGCCAGAGCAAAUUAUUUCUCAUAAUUUGGGUUUGGAGGAUUUGAGGAGGGGAAAAAUCUCGGGCUUAGUAUCUGGAAGCUAUAUGCUUUUAAACUUUUUGUUUUGUUUUGUUUUUGUUUUUUUGUUUUUAUUUUUAAUAAUUUAAGCUCUAUGCCCAACCUGGGGCUCCAACUCACAACCCCAAGAUCUGAAGUCACAUGCUCUACUGACUGGCCAGCCAGGCACCCCUACUUUUAGACUUUUGUUGUAUUUUUUGGUCUUAAAAAGGUUGGUAAAACUUUUGCCAAUAAGUUUAAAAAAAUUGGGAACUGGUAACUUUACCAGUACUUUUUUCCUUAGUAAUAUUUUCCUAAAAUAUUAACUUUAUCAAUUGUACCUCAAAAAAGCUGAGAAAAUACCGACUUUUUAAAAAUUGUAAUGUUUUGUCUGUCUUGUGUCAUAGACAGACACUAGUUAAUGUUAUUAACAGGCAUCAGUAUCCCAGUUUUAAUUUCUUUUGAUUCCCUUUACUUUUAGAAGGUUUUGUCCAUUUUUGUAAGAAAGCAGGGGCUUCUUUUGAGUAUGUUUAUUAUGUAAACUUGAAGUUUGAUUCCCCUCUUUUGCCUGGAGUUGGUAUACUUUUUUUUUUCUUAAUUAAAAAAAUUUUUUUUUCAUUUUAAGUAGACCACACCCAAUAUGGGGCUUGAACUUACGAACUUGAGGCUAAGAGACACAUUUUCUACCAACCAAGCCAGACAGGCAUCCAGUUGGUAUACAUUUUUAGGGUGAAAGGAAGGCAGCUUGUACAGAGCCCUUUUUAUAUUGAAUACUUGCAAGGUGCUCACAUUCUAUUGUAUACAAUGACCAAUAAACCUGUUUUGGCAUUGGA